AAUCAACUAGUCCCGUACUCCCGUUACACUUUUGGCGUAACCAAAAAAGAGAGAUGCAGAAACGAGAGUUAGCUAAACAAGCCGGCGCUUCCGGCGGCUCCGGUACACCGGCGGCGAAGAGAGGCCGUCCAGUUGGCAGCACCGCCAGCAACAUGGCCGUCGCUGCAUUGGCAGCGGACUCCAAUGCGCCGUUAUCACUUCUUGGCCCAUCGCUUCAAGUUCACUCCGCUUUCGCUGACCAAAAUAAUAAACGGAUUGUUCUUGCACUUCAAAGUGGAUUAAAGAGCGAGCUAACAUGGGCACUAAAUAGCCUAACUCUGCUUUCGUUUAAAGAGAAAGAUGAAGUGCGCAAGGAUGCAACUCCAUUGGCAAAGAUACCUGGAUUGCUUGAUGCUCUUCUCCAAGUUAUAGAUGACUGGCGUGAUAUCGCUCUUCCAAGAGAGCUUGUAAAGACACCAAGAACAAGGUCACUAGGUGUUAACUCUGUUGUUACUGGAUUUGGAAAUGAGUAUAAAGCUUUAGUCUCAAAUGAUGUGCCCAGUUCAAACAUUGGAUCUGCGUCUGUUUUGGAGGUUUCUGCUCAGAAAAAAGCUGCCAAAUCUCAACCUUCUGAAUGGUGGCUUGCUGAGGAUGGUCUGUUUAAUUUAGAUGACGAGGGCCGCACUGAAAAGCAGCAGUGUGCUGUUGCUGCAUCCAAUAUUCUUCGAAAUUUCUCUUUUAUGCCUGAAAAUGAAAUCAUUAUGGGCCAGCAUCGCCAUUGCCUGGAGACAAUCUUCCAGUGCAUGGAGGACCAUUGUACAGAGGAUGAGGAACUGGUAACAAAUUGUCUCGAGACAGUUGUGAAUUUGGCUCCACUUAUUGACCUUCGAAUUUUCAGUUCAUCAAAGCCUUCCUACAUCAAGAUCACAGAAAAACGUGCUGUUCAAGCCAUCAUGGGAGUAUUGGGAUCUACUUUUAAAACAUGGCAUUGUGCGGCCGCUGAGUUACUUGGGCGUAUUAUAAUAAAUCCUGACAAUGAACCCUUUCUUCUUCCGUUUGCACCACAGAUCUACAAGCGAUUGGUUGAUCUUUUGAGCAUGCCAGCUGUGGAUGCACAAGCUGCUGCUGUGGGUGCACUUUAUAACCUUGCUGAAGUUAAUAUGGACUGCCGAUUGAAGCUUGCUGGUGAACGAUGGGCGGUAGACCGGUUGCUAAAAGUCAUCAAAGGACCACAUCCAGUACCGGAAGUGUGUAGAAAAGCAGCAAUGAUACUAGAGAGCUUAGUGUCUGAACCACAAAACCGUCCCCUGCUCCUAGCCUAUGAAAACGCAUUUGCAGAAAUACUGUUUUCUGAUGGAAAAUAUUCAGAUACAUUUGCUAGGAUAUUGUUUGAAUUAACAUCGAAGCCCAACAGCAAAAUAGCAACUGCUCGUGGUAUAUGGGGCAUGUAGUAUAUGUGAUAUUGCAGCCAGUUCGGCAGGUAUGGGAAAAAUAGGUAUAUGAAACUCCUGUAGUUCAUUGUAGUUUAGCAUGAAUGUGUCCCCCCCUUUUUCGUGUUGUAGUUGAGGGAAGUUGUUAGUAACUGCCAGUUCAAAGUAAUUUAAUUAUAAGUAGAUAAACAAUUGGGAUCGUAGCUUAUGAGUAAUGCCUUUUCACUUGGGUUUA